UAAACAUAUAUUCACAACCAGCUUCCUUAGCUUGCCCGGGUUAAGUUCAUCUAGUGGCGUAACUAGGAGGCCCCUCAUCAUCAAUGACUUCUCCUACUGGGCGCCCUACAUUGACCACAGCUUCAAAACCCAGAUCUUCAACACCUACUUCUCGGGCUACCUUAUCUUCAGCUAGGACGGCGGUUGCUACAAACAAGACCACAUCUUCUACAACCAAGCCUGUGGUUUCUCUUACAAAGAGUAUGAUUUCUGCCUCCAAGACUACGGUCGCUGCAACUAAACCCACAGUUCCAGCUAGAUCCUCUACACCUUUGUCAAGAUCUACUGUAAGAUCUUCAACACCAACUAGCAGGCCUACCGUACCUUCAUCCAGGUCCAUAUCAAGGGCAUCUACUCCAACUAGGCGACCAACCACACCAUCAAGUGCACCCAGCAUAUCUGCUCCUUCAGCUAAGGCUUCUUCAAUCUCCAAGCCAGCUCCGGUGGUGUCACGGCAACCAGCAUCUUCACGUGGCACUUCACCAACUGUAAGAUCAAGACCAUGGAAUCCAUCUGAGAUGCCUGGCUUUUCACUUGAUGCUCCACCCAAUUUGAGGACAUCACUACCAGAAAGGCCACUGUCAGCAACUAGGGGGAGGCCUGGAGCACCCAGUUCUCGGUCUUCAUCUGUUGAGCCAGCUCCUAGCGGCAGACCAAGGCGGCAAUCAUGUUCUCCUUCUAGAGGACGGUCCUCUGGCGGUUCUCAUCCUACAGGAAGCUCUAUGCCUGCUGUCAGUCGUGGGUACUCAAAAGCAAAUGACAAUGUCAAUCCUAUUGUAAUUGGCACCAAGAUGGUUGAGAGGGUAAUAAAUAUGCGGAAAUUAGCGCCACCAAGUCUGGAUGACAAGAAUGUUAGGAAAUUAUUUGUGGACAAUACAUAUAUUAAUUAUAAGUACGCUUCCGCAUUAUGA